UUAUCUUGUUUUGAUUACUACUGCGUAUAAUGAAUACGAUAAGAAAUAUUAGUAAAUAAAUUUGCCUGAAUAAAAUUGUUUUUAAAAUACGUUCUUAAUGAUUUUGAAUAGUACAUUUACAAUAGAACUCUAUCAAACUUAACAUGGGAGAUUCAGCUUUAAACGUUAAUAUUGUUUUAGAAAAUAAGAGUAUUUCUGUGCCGUAUGAUAGUAAUACAACAGCAGAAGAUGUUUGCAUUUACGUUUGUAAGCAGCUGAAUAUUGCUACAUUAACACGAAAUUUGUUUGCGUUGCGAGUAACUGGUAAAUCUAUUUAUCUAAUGCCAGCUGCUACUUUUACAGAAAAAGGUAGUACUAAUGUAGAUUUCAGAAUUCGCUUUAAAGUAGCGAAUGUUUCUAAAUUAGAAAAACUAGACAUCAACACUUAUAAUUAUUAUUUCCACCAAGCUCGGAGCGAUGUUUUGGAAAAUAAAAUACCUGAUAUCGUGUAUGAAAAGUAUAGAAGAGAAUUAGUCGGUUUGGGAAUUACUGACAUGUAUAGAGUUAUGCUAGAGAAGGGCAUAUCAAGGGAAAGUGUUGAAAGUGAUUAUAAAAAAUUUAUUCCAAAAGAUGUAUUAAAACGCUAUCCAUUUUUUAUUAGGAAACCUAUUCAUGAUACGCUCAGUAAAUUGCGGAAGUCUGGUUAUGAUGCCUCAUAUGUAAAGGCGGAGUAUCUGAGACAAUUGCAAAAUAUAGCUCCUGAAUACCUUUCAGAAUGUUACAAAGCAGUUAUAGACCAAAAAGGUUCCACUUGUAGCAUUACCAUCAAAGUGUCGCCUUAUGAUUCAUCGGAACCUGGAUUGAAAUAUUGUAUGGACUCCAAAAAAGAGGAAUGGUAUUUAAUUUGUACAAUAGAUGAAUUGGGUUUUAUUUCAAUACGAAAUGAUGGUACCAUAGAAAUAAGUCGUAAAAAUGGAAUACCAUUUUAUCUGAAAUUUCACUCGAUACCAGUGAUGUACUCCUUCAUUAGCCUGUUAGAUGGUUAUUACAGAUUAACAUGUAAAUGGACUUUCAAUAUUUGUAAAGAAGUUAUUACUCCAUCAUUGCAAAAAUUACAUGCAAUGAAAUGUCAUGGACCAGUUGGUGGCGAAUUUUCUUAUGCAAAACUUGAAUCAAAAAGGGGAAACAGAGCAGGAUGUUUCAUAUUACGUGAAAGUGAAUCAAAGUACAAUAGUUACUAUAUAGAUGUUUGCAUGAAAGAAGGCUUGAAACCAAAAACAUUCAAAUUAGAAAAAAUCACCGGUGAUGAAUUCAUAUUCAAUGAUGACCUUACUAGGUAUAAAAGUAUACAACAACUCAUGAUGGGUUACAACGAUCCAAACAAAGCUAUUUUUCUACAAGAAUGCUUGCCGCCUUCUGAAUACGAUGUUUCACCAUUACUUCUUUGUAAAAGUGAAAAUAUUGUGGGGGAUUCCCUGACUGAUAGCUCCAAUGUAAAUGCACUUAUGCCUUCAUCUCCAACGUGCAUCAACUGUAAAAAUUUACAAGUUUAUAAGGGGCAGAGAAAAGAAGGUUUUGGCGGUAAAACGGUGGUUUUUAGGAGUAUGUGGAAGGUCACUAAAGGAAAGAAAAUUGAGGUGGCCAUGAAGAUGUUGAAGCAAGAAAAUCCCGAUAAUUAUUUAAAGGAGUUUCUAACACUUGCUGGACAAUGGGCCUUUCUGCAGUCUAGUGCAAUAGUUAGACUUUACGGAAUAGCUUUUACCAGCAGUAUUUCCAUGGUUUUGGAAUAUUUCCGACUGGGUCCCUUAGAUCAAUAUUUACAGGCAAAUCGUGGAAUCAUGAAAACUGUCGACUUAAUAGAAGCUGCUAGUAACUUGGCAGCAGCUUUAUGGCACUUGGCUGAAAACGAUAUUGUUCACGGCAAUAUAAGGUGCCGAAAAUUAUUAGUGAGCACCCACGACGACAAUUCAUUUACUGUGAAGUUGGCAGAUCCCGGAAUCUUCACCCAAUAUAGCUCAUCAGAGAUACAUUGGAUACCGGUGGAAUGCUACUCAAAUUUCAAUUUUGCCCGACGUUCUAUUGAGGCUGACGUUUGGGCUUUUGCUACAACUUUGUGGGAAAUGUUUACGUGUGGGGAUGACCCAAAUGAGAAGGGACUGGAGAUAAGGGCUUACAUCAGUGGGAAAAGAUUACCACAACCCGAAAAAUGUCUGGUGGAGAUAUAUGAUAUCAUGAAGGAGUGUUGGGAUAUAGACCCUCACAAAAGGAAAAAACCGCAGGCCAUCAGUCGAGAUAUAAACCAAAUACUCUACCAGGUGUUCAACUCAAGACAGAAACAUUCGUAUGCUAAAAUCGGCCCCAAAUUCAAUGAUCUUGGGUCGUCGACAAAUAGCCUGCGUUCAUCAAGAACUGUGUCUACAGUGCUUAUAGAUAAUCUGCGUGACAAUGAAAUGUCCAGCGAGUCUAGUUAUUCGCUAAAAGAUUUGAAUGAUGAAUCGUACGAUUGGUCACAUUUCCUCUCACCGUUAAAUCUGUCAACAGCGACUACCUCUCUGGACAGUUUAAAUUCCAUGCAAAGUGUCCUUGAAUUGGACGGAAAUUAUGAUGUUGUUCUGAAAGGUAGAAUUGGUCAGGGAUUUUAUGGGGAAGUAUACAGAGCCAGUUUAGAAAGUGUAAAUCGCCCAGACGAAAAACCCAGAAAAGUAGCAGUGAAGAAGUUGAAGGCUACGGCGCUUUCAUCUUGCAUACAAGAUUUCGAAAGGGAAAUUAAUAUAAUGAAAGCUUUGAACCAUCCGAAUAUUGUGGAAAUAUUAGGCGUUUUAAGAGAACCAGAAGUAUCGCUGGUUAUGGAAUUUGUACAACAUGGAUCCCUUCAGAGCUAUCUGAAAAUAAACAAAGAGAAGUUAGAAGAUGGGCAACUUUUAAAAUAUGCCUUAGACAUAGCGAAGGGAAUGGAUUAUUUAGGAACAAAAAAUAUUGUACACAGAGACCUGGCAGCCAGAAACAUAUUGGUUGUUGACGAUAACCACGUAAAAAUUUCUGACUUUGGAUUAGCCCAAGUUAUGGGAACGAAUGACUACUACAUAUUGAAAACACCGAACCGAGAAUUGCCAAUAAAAUGGUAUUCCCCAGAAAGUUUGCGAGAUGGAAAAUUCUCAGUGCGAUCAGAUGUUUGGUCGUAUGGCGUUACGAUGUGUGAAAUGUUUAAUUAUGGGGAUGAACCUAAUUUGGCGAAUAUCGACGAAGAAAUAGAGGGACAACAGCAGCAAGUUUUACUGAAUGCUUUAGAGAAAGGUGCAAGGUUUCCGUGUCCUCCCAAUUGCCCUAAGGUAGUGUAUAUCCGAAUAAUCUAUCCUUGUUGGGAGGCAGAUCCACACAGUAGACCACCAUUUGCGAAAUUAGUUUUGGAAAUCGAAGAUCUGCUUACUCAAUAAUAAUAUAUCAUAAGUAUCUGCGAUAGAGGACUUAUAGAUGCAUACUACAAAGUUAAACUAUAUAAGUACAAUGACAUACUGUAUAUUAAGGUGUAAGUGAAUUGUUUGACUUUUUUAAGUAAUUCUUAUAACUUACCAGCCGUGCUGGCUCCUAAAGAAAUUGUGUCAUUCGAGGAUAUUGUUAUUUUUGUAAAGUUUUUAAAUUGGAUUUUUGGGAAUCUCGCGAUUUUAAGAGUUACUGUUAUUUUUAAAUUGCGGUAAAAUCGCACAUCUGUGUUACCGUUACACUUUAUUACUCUGCCUGUUAAUUGCAGAAAUGGAAAAAUAUUGUUUUGGUGCAUUGUUGUUAAGAAAUAUGUCUUUGGCAGUAAUAAUACGAGGGGUACCUUUUAUACUUCGGAAAUAGAAAAUAAAGAGAGAGAUUAAUCAUUAUAUAGUUGUUACGAUCUCAAUUGGAGCCCACAUAAAAACAU